AUAAAAUUAGAAAAGAAAAGGAAAAUUUCACAGCAGUCUAAUCGCGUCUGCUGUAAGUCGUAAUCGUAUUGAAGAAGAAGAAGAAGAAGAAGCAGCAGCAGCAGCAGCAACUAUGGGCAGCUUCCCGGUUGCCGACAAGAAAUUUUCCUUGGAAAUUAAGGGGAACAAGACGGAUGUAGUGAUGUGCAGUUAUGAUGAUCAUUUUCUUGUUAUUGCAACUCAAAUUGGAGCUAUGGGCACCAUACUGCAAGCCAGGAAGGAGGAAGGGAUGGCAAUCCAUCCGACAUUCAACGUGGCUGUAAUCUUCGGCAAGCGAGACGAGCCAAUGCUAGUGUCAUGUGCUCGUCAGCUUAUUGAACACAUCAGGUACAUAUCACCAUUGAUAGACGUAGGUUGUUUUUGCAGUAACUCGGGCUCCUCAAAGCCGUUAAUGCUUUCUCUUGGUCUCAAAGAUCAUUCAGCGGAGACACUGAAAAGCAUUGUUUCAGCUGUUAUCGAGAAUCGCUUCUGGUGAUGGUGUGCUGCCAUUAAAAGUUCCUCAAUCUGCACUAACAUUCCAUCCGGGGUUCAACUAGAGCGUCAUGGCGUCGGAAUCAUUCAUCUAUCUACAAAUAGGGUUGGUCGUUAAGUUGAAUUACGCAUUUUUACAAUCCGUUGUGGUGUUUCGUAAUCCAAAUUGAAUUGUGUUGUGAAAGUGAGCUCAUUCCAAUCCGAUUGAGAUCAGUUUUUUUUA